AUUCGUAUUCUAUUUGUAUGGUUUGUGGUAUGGUUUAUGUCUUGCUUUGUUUACUACUCUUAUUGUAAAUUAAAAUAAAAUUAUUUGGUAUAUUAACUGAAUUCUUUAUACAAAAACUUUGUAUUGAAACCGCUAAUAAAAUAAUAAUAAAAUGGAUGACGAUGCGGAAACUUACAAAUUAUGGCGAAUUCGUAAAACUGUAAUGCAGCUAUGCCACGACAGAGGAUAUUUAGUAACUCAAGAUGAAUUGGACCAAACUUUAGAUCAGUUCAAAGAACAAUUUGGAGACAAACCUAGUGAGAAACGGCCAGCGAGAAGUGAUUUGAUAGUACUUGUGGCACACAAUGAUGACCCCACAGACCAGAUGUUUGUUUUCUUCCCCGAUGAAGCCAAAAUUGGUAUUAAGACCAUCAAAACAUAUUGUACAAGGAUGCAGGAGGAAAACAUUCACAGGGCUAUUGUGGUUGUACAAGCAGGCAUGACCCCAUCAGCAAAGCAAUCUCUAGUAGACAUGGCGCCGAAGUACAUUCUAGAACAAUUCCUGGAGUCUGAACUGCUGAUCAACAUUACUGAACAUGAGUUGGUGCCAGAGCAUAUUGUGUUGACACCAGAUGAGAAGCAGGAGUUAUUGGCUAGAUAUAAACUAAAAGAGAACAUGUUGAUGAGAAUACAGGCUGGCGACCCAGUCGCUAGGUACUUCGGCUUGAAGAGAGGACAGGUGGUGAAAAUUAUUAGGUCUUCAGAAACAGCAGGAAGAUAUAUUUCAUACAGAUUAGUUUGUUAACAUUAGAAUAACUAAAAUAAAUUCCAUUUAUAUUUUUAAAAUUAAAA